AUGAUAAGGGGUAAUUACGGUAAGCCCUGCGAUGAGUGCCGAAAGAUCAAAAAGAAAUGCGUUAAGACUCACACUGGGGAAUGUAAUUAUUGUUUAAACAAAAGAAUUUCAUGUGAAAGAGAUGGUGUAAGCAAUGCACCAAGCAAAUUCAUCGAAGACUUUUUAUUUGGAUCACAUUUCACUGAACCAAGUACUUCUUCUGGAUCAUCUUUUCCGGCAGUGGAACCAAAUACAAUGGACGGUUCAUUAUCAUCUUCUCUUAUAACUGAUCAACAUGCAGAACUGGGGAUGGAAUCAAAUACAAUUGAUCAAACAAUGUACCAACCCGUAAAACUGUCAAUGGAACCAAAUACAAUGGAUGGUUCAUUAUCAUCUUCUCUUAUAACGGAUCAACAUGCAGAACUGAGAACGGAAUCAAAUACAAUUGUUCGAACAAUGUACCAACCCGUAGAACUGUCAAUGGAACCAAAUACAAUGGAUGGUUCCUUGUCAUCUUCUCUUAGAACGGAUCAACAUGCAGAACUGGCAACAGCAUCAAAUACAAUUGAUCGAACAAUGUACCAGCCCGCAGAACUGUUAAUGGAACCAAAUACUAUUGGUGAUUCAUCAUCAUCAUUUCUUAGAACAAGCCAACAUGUAGAACUGGGAAUGGAACCAAAUACAAUUGUUCAGACAACGCACCAGCCCGCAGAACUGUCAAUGGAACCAAAUACAAUGGGUAAUUCAUCUUCUUCUUCUUUUAGAACAGGCCAACAUGUAGAACGGGGAACGGAACCAAAUACAAUGGAAUCAAAUGGUUCAUAUUUUUCGCUACUUUUACCAGCCCGCAUAACUAUCAACGGAACCGAAUACAAUAGUUGGUUCAUCUAUUUUGUCAAUGGUUUAUCAACCUACUGA